AGACAUGUAUUAAUGUAUAUUGGUGUAAUCUGGGUUGCCUAAUAUGUUAUCAUGAGUGAUAUAUAAAAAAAUCCGUAAUUUUUAAAAGUGACAUUUAAAUAAUUUUACCCAAACGAAAAAAUUAAAUAAUCGUAGUUUUGAAGACUGUAAGAAAAGGCUGCGAAUCAUGAUUGAAAAAUGUAUCAAAAAUCAUAGAGGAACAACGGUAAUCCGGUGUACGUAAAAAUACGGUGGUGGGGAUGCUUCAAAAUGUCUGACGUUUCGGGCAAGAGGAGCAAGAGAGAGAGCAUGUAUAACAGAAACACAGGUCUGACAGAAAGGCGAAAAUUUACCAGAUGUUAAUGGUGGAUCGGAAGUAAAUCGUGAAAUUUUUCCAUGUUAUUUUAAGUUUUCCCGUGCGGUCAACCUGGUUAGUCGGCAAUAAAAACGGACGGCGUCGAAACUAGUUAUGUGCAUGUGAGAGAGUCCGUGGUGCGUACUCACUACCCAGCUAGUGAACCCGUGUGUAUCGUUAAAAAUGGCGAUUUGAACGUCGAGCAAUGGUGGACGUAUGAACCACAGAACAUCCAAAUUAUCCGAUUUUCGUUUUGUCACAAUGGACGACAGCACCUUGAACCAUCAGAACGGCGGCCAAAUGGGCCCACAGAGCGGAUCCGCGGCCAACAACAAACAGAUCGAGGAGAGCAACCCCAAAACCCAGCAAUACUCCAUUCCCGGAAUACUUCACUUCAUCCAGCACGAAUGGGCACGGUUCGAAUUGGAACGGUCACAAUGGGAGGUCGACAGGGCCGAAUUGCAAGCCCGCAUCGCGUUCCUCCAGGGCGAAAGGAAGGGCCAGGAGAAUCUGAAGAACGAUCUGGUGCGUCGCAUCAAGAUGUUGGAGUACGCGCUGAAACAGGAACGGGCCAAGUACCACAAGCUGAAGUACGGCACCGAGCUGCAGCAAGGCGACAUGAAACCGCCGCCGAUGAACGAGGACGCAUUCGACACGUUGGUCGAUCCGGAUCCGCCGUAUGUGUCGCCGCCUAACACCACGUGGAAACAGGGCAGGCAGUUGCUCAGGCAGUACCUGCGGGAGAUCGGCUACACGGACCGCAUCAUCGACGUGAGAUCGACGCGGGUUCGCGCCCUCUUAGGGCUCAACAACAACAAUGCGGAACAGGAGGAGAACCUGAACGGCGGCGGUGUCAACGGUAACGACACCAACAAGCGGUCGUCCGAGACUCAAGGUAGAAGAACACCUAGCAAAAAGAAUCAGCCCAGUUCGCUCGCGGAGGCGAUGCUUUUGGACACCGAAGCGUCCGUCAUGGCGAACCUGGACUUUCUGACCAACACGGACGUCGACAUGGACGACGAGGACGAUAUGAGCGACGAAGUUGACUUGGAACCGUCCGACGACAUCGAGGACGAAGUCAAGGUGUCGAAACACAAAGGGGACGAUGUCGACGCUAUCGCGCUCGAAGUGUUCAACGAGCUGAACCGGCUUUCCGAGACGGAGAAGAAGCAGGACAUCAAAACGGAACAAGGCGAAUGGAAUAAAGGCAUAAGCGGCCAAAAACGUCCUCUCGGCCUGAAUGACGACGAGAACAUGGACUCGUCGCUGGGUCUGGGCGAGCUGGCCCAGCUCACCGUCAACAACGACGCCGAGACGACCUACGACAUCGCCAGCAGCAAGGAGGCGUACCGGAAGACGUGGAACGCCAAGUACACGUUGCGCAGCCACUUCGACGGCGUCCGUGCCCUCGCCUUCCAUCCCAACGAGCCGGUCCUGAUCACCGCCAGCGAGGAUCACACCCUCAAACUCUGGAACCUGCAGAAGACGGUGCCUGCGAAGAAGAGCGCCUCGUUGGAUGUGGAGCCGUUGUACACGUUCCGCAGCCACAACGGACCGGUGCUGUGUCUGGCGAUCUCGGGGUCCGGAGAGCAUUGCUACUCCGGUGGUCUGGACGGCGUCAUCAACUGUUGGAACAUCCCCAACUCGAAUAUCGAUCCGUACGACCUGUUCGAACCGGACAUACUCAGUACCACGUUGCAAGGCCACUCUGACGCCAUCUGGGGCCUGUCUGUGCUCAACUCCAGGCAGCAUGUUAUUUCUUGUUCCGCCGACGGCAGCGUUAAGCUUUGGGCUCCGCACAGCAAGGUGCAAUACCUCAAUACAUUCACUUCGGAGCAGGACGGCAUACCGUCGAGCGUCGAUUUUACCCGUGACGACACGAACCGCGUGGUUGCCUCGUUCUCUAGUUCGCAUUGCGUCGUCUUCGAUACGGAGACGGCUAAGCCGGUGGUGCGUUUCGAAUCGACGCAGGAGAGUGCGAACGCCGCCGCCCGACAAAUCAACAAGCUGGUCUGCCAUCCGACGCUGCCGCUCACCAUCACCGCCCACGAGGAUCGACACAUCCGUUUCUGGGACAACAACACGGGCAAGAUGGUACACUCGAUGGUCGCCCAUCUCGAGGCCGUUACUAGUCUGGCGGUCGAUCCGAAUGGGCUCUAUCUGCUCUCAGGUUCCCACGAUUGUUCGAUACGACUGUGGCAUCUGGACAACAAGACCUGCGUGCAGGAGAUCACCGCGCACCGCAAGAAGUUUGACGAGAGCAUCUUGGACGUGGCGUUCCAUCCGACGCGGCCGUACAUCGCGAGCGCCGGCGCCGACGGUCUCGCCAAGGUGUUCGUCUAAGGUCGCCUCUCGUCGCAGUAUGGGGCGGCACGCGCGCCGCCCGACGUCGCACUGCCCACGUUCGCGGAACCUAUCCCACGCACUCCCCCCUCACAAACACACACACACACCCUGCCCACACAUGCCAAUGUGUCGCUGUGCCGCAUAAUGGUAAGAACGGACGAAUCGACGGAUGGUGCCCGGGAUCCUCAAGCCCUAGCCGCCCCCCUCUACCACACCCUCGGUCGUUUUUUAUGAAGUAUAUUAGGUAAAACAAUUGUCCCCCGUUCCGGCGGAUUAUGGUUGCUUGUCUCCGGCCUGGAAUUAAUGGACGGUGGACUUUGAUGUUCGAGUAAAACGCGUACCACGGACAAAACGACCACGCACUAGAGCAGACGGUUGAAGCACCAUUUAUCAUUUACUUUUUGUUUAUACAGUGCUGUCAAUAUUUCCAAUACACAUAAAUAUAUUUUAGUCAUAAGCAUAUUUUACAGUGCAUCUAAUUAUUUAUUAAUUUUUACUCUUAAGCUCAAACGAUUUGCAUGCUGAUUAUUGUUGCGAUAUGGAUUAAUCCGAAGGCGUCCCACUAAAAUGUGGCGCUCUCUCUAGUCGUGUGUGGUUUGUCCAAGAUGCUGUACGAUAUGUAUAAGGCUUUUUUCACGAUUACUUUUGAUGUACAUAAUACAAGCAAAACAUUUUAAUCAUUUGUAUAUACUCAAUAUUUACUUUAGAUCAAUAUUUUAAAUUUAUUUUCUUUUUGUAAAUAAGUUGUUUUAUUUAUUUCCUAAUAUUAAUUUUGUCACGGUACUUUGUCAAGUGUGAAUCACAGUGUAUAUAAAGUUCUCCGCUUGUAUUUAGAAGAUUUACAGUCAGCCUCGUACGAUAUAAUAAUGAAAUAACAAAAAAAUUAAACGGUAGCCAUAAGAAAUUGAUGUAUAAAGAUAAUUAAUUCUUAGUUACGUUAUCUUUAAAAUACACAGCAGGUUAACGGACCGUGUAGAUUUAGAUUAGAAUUUGCUAAAUAAGUCAUAUUUAAAGUAUACCUAAAUUUUUGCAUAUAACACACAUGAAUAUAAUUUAGAUGUUUGUUUCACACUAUUUUCCAGACAUUGAAAAGACACUAAAGUUAAUAACCACAUACUCAGUUAAAACCGACAAUUAUUUCUUGUGCAUCAUGAUCUAUAAAUACAAAACAGAAGGAACUUGUACACCUAGCAAAAUUCAUUUGUUUAUAGUCAUCACAUUGACUUCUAAACCUCCAUCUAGAAUAGACUAACUGACUGGAGAACUUUUGGUUUUUAACAUGCUUGUCGAGGGCUCCGAAUGGAUGUUCUCGAAAGAAUUUCACGUUAUAGACAAUUUUGAUAUUUUUAUAAACGUUAUUCUCAAUUCUACAAAUAAGAAACUGUCCUAACAUUGUUAAUACGUGCUUGAACACAAGCGAUGGAGCGUUUCAAUCUGCCAAACUAUCUCAUACGUUUUCGAAUUUGUUUAUGAAAAGUACAAAACGCCGUUGUUGAACUUAGGACGUAUUUAUUUUGUAGCUCGCCUCGUACGUAAGUUUUAUUCAAUGUAAAACAGCAGUUUUUUAAGACAUUUCGUAGUGUGCUGCUGCGGAGUAUUUAAAAUAAUUCAAUAUUCAAACUUUUAAAAAGUAAAUAAAUUGCGAACGAUUUUUAUAUAAAGCAUAUAAUAGCAAUAACUUAAAACAUUUGUAAAACUCUUCCAGUUCUGUUGAAACACAUUGUGAUAGAAAAACUGUUAUAUAAACUGAAUUUAGGUGAAACUUGUAUUAGAUCAUUAUGUUUAUUUGAUCUUACAACAAUUAAUUUGUGUUCGAAAAUUCCACGUGUCUUUUGCUUGCACUUUAGAAACAUUGGGAUUACAUGUGAUAACCAUAACAAAUUUUGUAGGUUUUGAUCUGUAAUGAUUGUGAAAAACCAUAUAAACUUUAUGUAAUUUAUAUUUUGAUAUAUGUAGAGUACUUUUAUAUUUUUUAUGUUAUAAGCGAACUAUUUUUUUAGACUUAUUUAUCCAAUGUAAUUUGUCGUUUAGUAUAGUUACGUUUAAAAAAAUAGAUCAACAUGUAUUUAGUAGUGGUAAUUCUUAUAUUUGUGAGUGUAUAAUAUUGAAAUUAUAUAAUGUAUAAAUAUAAUAACUCCAAAAGUAACAAUAAAAUUUAUAUUGUAAAUUCAAUUAUCAUCAUUCAAAAAAUCGGACGCUAACGAUUCCAGUAUUUACACCAAAAAUAAUUGCGUAAAAAACUCAUACAUAUGUAACGGUUUAAGUUGAUAAAACUGCGCUGUCAAAUACGAAUUUCUGUAUUAGGAUAAGGAAAACAAUAAACUGUACAUAUAUAAAGUUAUAAUAACCA